AUGAACGAAGAAAAGCAUCCCCGUGAUCCCGAAGCAGCGUGCGCAACUGGAUGCUCGCCAGAGGCUGACGCCGACGAUGGCCCUGUUUCAGCCUUCAAGCAAUUGGGUCUCCUCGACCGUUUCCUAGCCGUCUGGAUCUUCCUCGCCAUGGCAGUUGGGAUCAUCCUAGGGAAUUUCGUACCAAAUACAAGCGAGACGCUGCAGAGGGGGAAAUUUGUGGAUGUUUCUGUGCCUAUCGCGGUCGGACUGCUGGUCAUGAUGUAUCCGAUCCUGUGCAAACUGGGCCUCGCGUGGGCUUUUCUUCCGGAUGAGAGGGGCCUUAGGGAGGGUUUGAUCUUGGUUGGGAUUGCACGAUGCAUUGCAAUGAUGGUCCUAUUCGCGCCCCUGGCCAUCUUCUUCAUCAACGUGAUCAGUGGGUCGAAUGAGGGCGUCACAAUCGAUUAUUCCCUGGCCGCAAAGAGCGUAGGGGUAUUUCUCGGUAUCCCGCUAGGCGCAGCCAUCCUCACCCGCUUUGCCCUGCGACUCCUGAUAAGCGAGGAGUGGUAUGAUCGGCAGUUCCUAAAAUGGCUGAGCCCCUGGUCUCUGAUCGGACUUUUGUUUACGAUUCUGGUCCUGUUCGCAUCGCAGGGCAAGCAGGUGGUGCAUUCGAUUGUAUCCGUGGUGAGGGUCGCUGCGCCGCUGAUCGUCUACUUUGCCGUGAUCUUCCUGGUGACGCUUGCGGUAACACGGCGGUUUGGCUUUGGAUAUAAGCUGUCUUGCACGCAGAGCUUCACAGCCGCAAGCAACAACUUUGAGCUGGCGAUUGCGGUAGCGAUUGCGGCCUUUGGUGUAGAUAGCGACCAGGCUCUGGCCGCGACGGUCGGCCCGCUCAUCGAGGUCCCCGUGCUGCUGGGGCUGGUGUAUGUGGUCAAGUGGGUAGCCAGAAGACAAAAAUGGGCGUGA